AUGGCUGAUCUGGCAAAUCUUUCUCAUCGCGGUCUUGACAUACCUGAUGAUCAGCUUCCUAUCAAGCUUGGUCAAGUUGUUCUACCUCCAAACCUACAUAAGUUUCUCCGCAUCAAAGAUGAUGAAAUUGUCCUUGUGACUCCUGCCGAAUUCUUUCAAAUCAUUACUAGUUUUCACCCAUCCACUGAUAUUACUGGGAAUCUUUCCAACCCUCAAGCCUUAUUUAAAAUGGUAGAACUAAGUGUGGAGAUGGCAAAAUCACGAAAGGGCUUAUCAAAUACAAGAUCUCAUUUCCACUUCUAUGCUGCCCCACCUCUGACUUUAAAAAGAUGGGAAAUAAAUAUUCUCUCCAUACCAAAUGCCUCAUCAUAUGACAUAGAUCGGACUUUAUCAAAGUCUGAAGUUCGAUAUGUUGCUACACUCAAAGGUGAGAAACGUGGGGAUCAAGUAUGA